AUGGGCGAGGAGCUGCCCGCGGACAGCCCCGCGAUUCGAGCACGGGAUCGCGGAUGCUGCGAUGGAUUGAGGUUGGAUGGGGUCCUGGGGGGUAGCCUGAGGGCGAGGUAUGAUGGAUCUGUGGCCCUGCUCGAGGAGUGGCGGGGAAAGAGGGAGGCGAGGUUAAGGGAGUGGGCGGACCUGCAGGCAGAGACCUACGCGCUGAAGGCGCGGCUGGGCCACCCGGCGCUGCCCAGCACGCCGUCCAAGCACGCAAAGGCAGAUAUCACGCGUGCCAACAUGGAGUACCUGCGUGGCGUGCUGUCAACAUGCCACGCUGAGCGCAUCCGCAAGGAGAGGGACCUUGAGGCCCUGCUUGGGACCCUGAGGAAGCUGUGCACAGAGCUGGGUGAAGAUGAUGUUCAAGCUGCCAGUGCCACACACCCCAGCCUGGCGUUAUACUGGCAGUCAAGGGCAGCGCUGCCAUCGCGCGGGUCGGGCUUUGGGUCAGGGUCAGGCUCGGAGGCAGUGGAUGCUGGGGAGCAGGAGCAGCCAGAGAUCGACUUGUGCGAUGAGACAUUCAAUGAGCUUAAUGUCAAGAUUGACGAGCUGAAGCACCUGAGGGACCUUAGGGAUCAGCAGUCCCGCGACCUGUCGGAGCUGCUGGAGAGUCUGUGGGCUGCACUGGACACGCCCGAUGAUGACAUCGACCGCGGCAUCUUCACCCGCCUCAUGGAGGGCUCCUCGCGAUUGCAUGCACGAUCCAUAGAGCAGGGCAUGGCGGAGGUCAGCAGGCUGGAGCAGUGCAAGACACAGCACCUAGAGGACAGGAUCAACGAAAAGAUCAUCGACCUGCAGGAGCUGUGCAUCGAGACCCACCUGCCCAUGCCUGACCUGUCCCCCCUGCUGGGGCCUGGCUACGAUCCCACUGAGGGCUUCCAGGCCAGCGAGUCGAACGUGGGCCAGAUCGCCGAUGUGAUGGCCAAGAUCUCACGCAUGGUGGUGGAAGUGCAAACGAUCGUCACCCGCCGGUCACCGAUCAUCGGCAUGAUCAUGGACCUGGAGGCGGCAAGGGAGGAGGCUGAUUGGCUGCACUCAUAUGAGAAUGAUGGGGACAGGUACAAGGGGCGGGACUGCAAUCGGAAGCUGCAGCGGGCGAUCAAGGCCGGUCGAAUUCGGGACAGAAUGCCAGAGAAAGUGGAGGAGCUGAGGGCGCUGAUCACGGAGUGGGAGCAGGAGGAGGGCUGCCCCUUCAUCUUCGAGGACGUCGACUACUGCACCACCAUGCUGGACGCCGUCAUGGAGGAGUGGAACGCGCGCAUGGCACAGCGCGCUGCUGGCCGCGCCAACAGCCGGGCCGCCCGCAGGCGCACGCCCCAACAGCCGACCCCCCACGCCUCUGGCGGUGGAGAUAGAACGCCCAGGGGCCAGGCAUCGGCGGGGCAGGGGGAGAGGACGCCGCGGGAGGGGGGCAGGAGGGGUUGGGGCGGCGCCACGCGGCUGAGCAGCGCGAAUGUGCGGACGCUGGAAGCGAGUCAGGCGGAGAACACGGUGCACGAGAAGGUGAGCAGGAUGCUCAAGACGCCGUCUCCGAGCUUGCCUGAGGAUUUCGGGGAAUGGGCUCUGGCGGAAGCUGGUGGGAAGCAGGGCGGCGAGCGGGCCGCCGUGCCGCGGCUUUCUAUUCCUGCCGGCAAGCCAGGCAUGCCCCCGCUGUUCCACAACUCUAUCGGCUUGGGCCCCACUUCACAGAACCCCAGUCCGUCUGACGCACCCCCGCCGGACACCCCGCCCACCGCCCAAGGCCCGCCCCCGACGCCGAUGACUAAUUUGGCCUCGCCUCAGGCCUCAGGGGACGGCGGUGCGGCGGCCACGUCGCCCAUGCAAUGCGACUCGCCCACGUAG